UGGAGCCUGUAGCCUACACGGGCAUAAACUGUGAACUCCUGUAUGAUGCAUGCAUGAAACAUGAGUGUCCUGCCCAUAGGAUUUGCAACGGGACUCCAGGACUCCUGGAAUAUGAAUGCAUCUGUAUGCCUGGCUUCACAGGUAUUGAUUGUAACAUUAAUAUUAAUGAGUGUGAGAGCAACCCUUGUAAAGAUCCUCGUUUUGAAUGUGUAGAUAGUGUAAAUGGAUACACCUGUAAAUGCCAAACAGGACUGAAUGGAGAAGGCUGCCAAACAGAAAGCUCUGUGUGCUCUAGCCACCCCUGCCUAAAUAACGGGACAUGUGUCGAGGGUCCUGGGGACUAUACCUGCAUCUGCCAGCCUGGCUUCACCGGGGCCAACUGCAGAGACAACACUGAUGAGUGCGCCUCCAACCCCUGCCAGAACGGAGCCAUCUGCCGAGACAGGGUGAAUGAGUAUAGCUGUUUCUGUGUGCCUGGGUUCCAAGGAUACAACUGUGAAAUAGACAUCAACGAGUGUGCGUCCCGGCCCUGUAAAAACAAUGGCACCUGCCUGAAUGAGAUGGAUCACUAUUUGUGCAAGUGCGUCCCCGGCUACACAGGUAUGAACUGUGAUGCUGAAAUAGAUGAAUGUGAUUCAGACCCUUGCCAGAAUGGGGCCUUGUGCAAUGAUCAUGUUGGGUUCUACACCUGCACCUGUGCACCAGGUUACCAAGGAAUCCACUGUGAGGUGGACAUCAAUGAAUGUGUGAGCCAACCAUGCCAGCACAAUGGGACGUGUCAUGACCUCAUUAACAGCUACCGUUGUGACUGCAGUGACACAGGCUUCGAGGGGGACCACUGCGAGUUGGAUAUCCUGGAGUGUGCCUCUGAACCCUGUCUGAACAGUGCCAUGUGCGUGGAGGGAGUCAAAAACUACAGCUGUGCCUGCUGGCCAGGUUACACAGGGCAGCACUGUGAAGAGGAUGUGGAUGAGUGUGCGACAGAUCCCUGUCACAACGGAGGUGUAUGCUUUGAGCGAUCCAACCAAGCCUAUUAUGGAACACGACCUGACUUCCCCAGUAAUUUCAGCUAUAGCCAAGCAGCUGGUUUCCUCUGUUGGUGCCAGCCAGGCUUUGCAGGGGAGACCUGCUUUACUAACAUUGAUGAGUGCGACUCUCAGCCUUGUCAGAAUGGAGGGCUCUGCGUGGACCUUAUUAAUGGCUUCCUUUGUCAUUGCCUACCAGGUUAUUCAGGUGUGGAAUGUGCUGUUAACAUCAAUGAGUGUGAGGAGGGUCCCUGCAAGAAUGGAGCUGUCUGUGAGGAUGGCAUUGCUGACUAUAUCUGCCACUGUGCCCCUAGCCAGGAUGGCAUUAUAUGGGGAGGGAAGAACUGCUCUGUCAAGCUCACUGGGUGCCAGACGCACGACUGCCAAAAUGAGGCCUUGUGCAUCCCAACCUACCAAGCUGAGAGCCACGGCCACCUGUGCCAGUGCCAGCCUGGUUUCUAUGAUGCCACAUGCUCAACACCAACAACGUUUUCCUUUGCUUCCAGAGGGUAUCUCCUCAUUGAGCUGCCCAUGAACAAUCAGAGCAGGAGGGACGUAGCGGGAGAUCAGCUUGCCAGCGUGUCCCUCCGGUUCCGAACCACCUUGCCCAGCGCUAUCCUUUUUUACCGAGGCCAUGAAGCUGAAUACUUGUUCCUGGAGCUCUUUGAUGGCAUUCUGCAUGCAGGACUGACGAGGGAGGAUGUUGGGUACACGCUGCGCCUGGAGGGGCUGAGAGUUGAUGACGGCCAGUGGCAUAAAGUUGAAGUUGUUCUGCACAGCACUGUGCAGCUAAAGCUCUGGCAUGACUCUUGCGAUGCAGGUGUCUGCCUGCAGAGCUCUCCUGUCCCACAUGGCACUGCUUUGAUCCCGCAUGCCUUCCUGAACAUGUACGUUGGAGGUGCUGAGGAUCCAAUGGCCAACAACACACGGAGCCAGCAAGGCUUUGUCGGCUGCCUGGAAGACUUUCAGGUAGAUGCUGAAGCUGUGCUCCCGGUGGAUCUGCCUGUGGGUGAGUCCUUCCCAAUGAAGCGGGGCUGUGACCGGACGGAGUGGUGCCUCUCCCAGCCCUGCUUUCAUGGAGGGCUGUGUGUGGACCUUUGGGCAACCUUCAGGUGCGACUGUUCGAGGCCUUAUGGAGGCCCAGCUUGCUCAUACGAGCGCCCAGCAGCAACAUUUGGCCUAGAGAACUCCACCAGCUUUGCCUCUUUCACCCUUUCCGAUAGCCUCGGUCCAAACUUCAACAUCUCCUUUUUCAUUCGUAGUCGGAAACCUGACGGUUUGCUAUUGCAAGUCAGCAACGAAACUGACCCCUGUCUCACUAUAUACUUGAAGAAUGGCAAGCUGAAGAUAGAGAUGGUAUCUACAGACACUGUGACGUUUCCAGAAAAUUUAGUUGAUGGGAGAAGACAUUUGGUAGCUCUGUCUUUCCAAGGAGGAAUUGUUGGUGCUCACCAAUCAGACACGUACCUGGAGCUAGGACAGCUCAUAGCAAGACCUCUUUUAGCUGGUUAUGAAGUGUAUAUUGGUGGACAUCCUAACCCGGACAGCACUGAUAUGUGGGGAGGCUAUUUUAAAGGCUGUUUGCAAGACAUCCAGCUGAACAGCCACCACAUACAGUUUUUUCAGGUUGAGAACUACAGUCUGCCACAGGAACUCAAUAGGACUCAAAAUGGUAAUCUUGUGAAUGGUUGCAUCUCUGAUAACACCUGCAAGUCUGAACCAUGUCAGAAUGGUGGCAGAUGCAUUGUCACUUGGAAUGAUUUCCAUUGCAGCUGUCCAGCCAAUUUCACUGGGAAAUUUUGUGAGGAGAGAGUCUGGUGUGAAAGUGACCCAUGCCCUGAAGCUACCACCUGUAUAGAUGUUCUAGCAGGAUAUGUGUGUCUGGCUAAUGCAACAUUUAAUAGUUAUGCUGCCAUCGAAUUUACCACCAAUACAUCAGUGACUAGAACUCUGAGCAGCCUCCAGGUGGAUUUCAGAACCAGGGAUGAAGAUGCUGUUUUGCUUCGGGCUGUGGAAGAAGUGGAUUCCCUCCAGAUAGCCAUUAAGAACUCCUCUCUGUUUGUUGACAUCAGGAGUGGGAAUAGCAUCGAAGGUGUCAGCUUCCUGAGUCAGAAGUCUGUCACGGACGGUGCCUGGCACACCAUCUCUGUGUCUAUGGAAGAGCCAUCUGCACUUUCUUCCAGAUGGCUGGCUCGUUUGGAUGGGUCUGUUAAUAUGACUCUGCAGGGAAAUGCUGGGAACUUGGACUUCCUAAAGAACAACGCACUGAUUGUUCUAGCUGAAAAUUUCACUGGCUGCCUAGGACAAGUGAAGAUAGGGGGGAUCUACCUGCCGUUCACUGCCCAACUCUCGUACCCCCAGCCCGAACAGUUCCAGCAGUCCAGCAGAAGGGCCGUCCAGCUGGGCUGCACUGGGGCUGAUGUUUGCGCUUCCAGCCCUUGCCUCAAUGCCGGCACCUGCGAGGACUUGUUCGAUUCCUUCAGCUGCGCCUGCGGUGCUGGCUGGGGGGGGCUGCUGUGUGAGUUGAACAUCGAUGACUGCCAGUCAAGCCCAUGUGUUCAUGGGGACUGUGUCGAUGCAGUAGCAGAUUUUCAGUGUGAAUGCUUCCGGGGAUUCAUUGGGAAGAAGUGUGACAUCAACGUCGAUGACUGUGUGCGGCACCAGUGCCUAAAUGGAGCUACCUGCAUUGAUGGGGUUUAUGGCUACUCCUGCAAGUGCCCUCCUCAGUAUUCGGGACCUCGCUGCGAAUGGCCGUUCCCACCUGAGCAAUGUGGUAAGAACUUCACCUGUCUGAAUGGUGGCAAGUGCAUCAGUGAGAGCUGGGGAGCCAACUGCACUUGCAAGCCAGGUUUCACGGGAAGGAAUUGUCAAAUUAAUAUAAACGAGUGUGAUCCAAACCCUUGCCAGAACGGAGGUACGUGUCAAGACUCCGAGAACAAAUACGAGUGUUUGUGCAGUGCCAGCUACACGGGAGAGCGCUGUGACAUUAACCAGCCGGUGUGGGCGCAUCUUAGCAACUCUUCCGUUGUGGGAGCAGUCGGGGCUGCAGGAGCUGCCCUUCUCCUUGCAGUUGUUGCAGCCACGGCGAUUGCCAUGAAGAGGAGGAGAGCAACUCAGGGAACAUACAGCCCAAGCCGUCAAGAAAAAGAUGGGGCUCGAGUGGAAAUGUGGAACGUCAUCAAGAUGCCACCGACCGAGAGGCUGAUAUAAGAACUGGGCUCACGCAACAGGUGCCGUGUCGUCCUUUAACAAUCAUGGAACUGCUGCAGCGUCUCUGUCUUAGGUCUUGAGGUGUGUUUUUGUAGGACAGGUCUGUACUGCUUUAAGCUACUUCAUAGGCUACAGGCAACUGCCUGCUGUUACUUGGCAGGAAGAGUCAACUGCUUGAACGAGCUUGGUUAUUGCAGCUCAUCCCAUAAACGAUUUGUAUAAAACCAGUCUGCCAGCAAGAGCAGUAGAGUCUGGGAGGAAAAAAAAGUUCUGGAGGGGCCAGUGGAGAGGAAGCAAGCAGUGGCUGUGGCAGCAGAGGGAGCGUACGCAGACCCGCUAACACUGCAGUACUGUGUCACCAGCAAGAGAGGCGGCCGGGCCGUCUGUGCGCUGCUCGGCCUUACCGCUUCUGCCUCUCCCUCAGUCACGCGGGGCUCACAGCCGCGGUAACUGUUGCUGCUGUGCAGUCAACAUAAACAACACUGUGCAAAUAAGUGAGGCAGGUCUAAUCCAUGGGAAUUAACCCACUGUAUUAAGGAAUUAUGAGAAUAAUGUGGUGGUUUAAAAAUAUAUGUGCCUGUGCCUCCUCUGCAAAGCUGACAGGUAACGGACUGACGGGAGAGAGUCCCUAGAGCUGCUGCUGUCCUUCCAGAACUAGGCCAGAGUUAGCAUUACAUUACCAGAAAAUAAGUACCGCUGUGCUAUAUUGGACACUUCUACUAAAGCUUUCCUAAGACUAGACUAAACCAUAGGAAUAUUUUAAGUAAGUGCCUUUCUGAGACUGAGUUGCCAGUUACAGUAUUACCUUUUUUGAAAGGAGGAUGUUUAUAUGCAGAAACCAUAUAAACUGGUAUAUGAUCACUUUCUUUGAUCAGACUCUGCAGCAAGGCUGAUGGCAGCAGGCUGGAUGGGGUUUUCCCCCACCUGUUCGUAGCGGCAGUGCUGCCAUCCCCACAGCGCAGGCUGUCUCAAGGUCAGGAGCCGGCACUAGGCAGCAUGACCACAGAACAGACCUCAGCAAGAGCUUCGGUGUUUGAACAUCAAGCGGUACGUGCUUGUGUGAGGAGGGAAGGAGGGGAUAUUUCAAGACCCGUACCUCCCGGGACAGACAGGUUUGGGCUUGCCAAUACAGAAGAGUGGAAUUUAGUUAACUAGUAUAGUGACCUUUAACACGACACCAGGGUUUAUGGUGUAGUGAGACACAGCAUUCAUUUUCCACAUUGCCCUAAAAAGGAUAUUUAUUUUGUGGCUUUACUUCUCCUUUGUUACUGUUUUAGCUGUUGAGUGUGCUAUUUCUUCUUUAGCAUAACAUGGCAGAGCCUGUGGGAAGAAAUGCAGCAGAGCAGGCCCAAUAAGGCCUACAAUCAUUAGCAUUUCAGGAUAAUUACUACAACUAUCAAUGAGAAAUAUUUUAGCAAACAGUGUCUGCUUUUUAAUCUCCAAAAUACUAUUAAUAAGCAGGGUGGGAAUCUGCCCGCCAUAGCUAGUUGCCACCGGAAGAAAAUGCUAUUCUGUUUUACUCUUAGAUUUCUUUUUUUUCCCCCUACAGUAGCUGUAAAUGUUUCUGUAAUUCUAAGCAAAGGGAAGAGUACAAAAGUACUGAUCGGGUCAGUCUGCUUAAGAACAGGUCUUCUGCAUGCAUGCAACUGCCCAUAUAAGAUGAAGAAUGACAAUUUUGGAAAAUAGAAAAAUCCAAACCCUUGGGAGACAAGGCAAUUGAUAUUUUGUGUGUAAGAUCACUUUCCCUCUAAUACUGAGGAAAAGCUGAAAGAGCAAGUAGUGAUCCCACACUGGCUAUGGUUUGGAAAAGAGUCAGCCAUAGUACUGAUAAAAGAAAGGCCCUAACUUCAGUCCGGUGAGCUUGCUAUCGCUUCUAUUGGUUAGUAAUAACACUGCUGUUACUUCUAAUAUGAACAAUUUGCUCCGUGUAUUUUCUAGAUGCUAUUUAGGAAGUCUAAUACACUUUCAGAGUAGAGACAGUUACACUGCCCAGUCACCUUGCUGCAGUGGAACUAGUUAAACUGCACACCUUAGGAAAAAGGUGAGUGUCAUUUUGCUCAGCAGCGUUUGUGCAACAGGAGAACAAGCAAACGAAGCAGGCAGCGCUUUCCCGGGAGAGCUGGUCUGAAGGGGCAGGCCCCACCCGCCGAGCUGGUCACUGUGUCUCUGGAGAAACAAAAAUUCACCCUUGGGCUGAGUCUGUCCCUGGCGUGAGGGUGGGGUGCUCUCCUGGUGAGAAAGGACUCGCAGACCCCAGGGUCGUAGCAGUGGGCUGGUCCAGAAGCCUGGGGCAGAGCACCCCGUGUCCUGUAGCCUUUACUUCAGUGCGAAGGUAGGUGUGUUUUUCUUCACCCCAUAAUGACCUGUACUAAACCUACAGCAAGCUUAGAAUAUGCUUUGGGUUUCUGGAAACUCAGACCUGAUUAACCCCCAGGGUGCUGCCAGGAGAGGCGCGUACUGUUACUUUUGAGCUCCACUCCAUUUUUUGUGUUUAAACUGUAGAAAAAUGAAGGCAGCAACAGGAUCUAAAUGAACCGAUAUUACUCCAGCCUGUAUUAUUUUGAGAAGAAAACCAGGAUUGUGUCAUAAGAACUGACUGUUACUAAGCUACUGAAAUAUCCUGAAAGGCAACAAGAAGCUACAGACCCACAACAGUAACGACAUUUAAAAACCAGCAAAUUGCAAGCAGCGAGUCUGUCUGCAGCCCCUGCUGUUCCCGGGUAGUCAGCAGGAAGACUCCUGCUCAGUCGCUUUACAGGAUUAGCAGAGCAGAUGUUUUUAUUUCAAGCACCCGAAGCCAGUACUAGCAAAAGUGUUAAAAUACUUUGUCAGUGUCUUGAGCAUUUCUGCAAAAUAAUUUAUGAAAGUUUUUUUUUUUCAAUAAUGAACUUAACUUUCUUUUGAUAUUUAAUUUUUGAAUAUAUUUUUUCACAGAACUGGAUUUGCUGUAGUUAAUGAUCAUGAUCCUGAUUUCUUUUGUAAUUGUAAAUUUUAUAAUUUGUAAAAAAUUAGAAUGUCCUUCAA